UCCAAGUGGGCCGAUGAUUGAUGCAAAAAUGAGAAGAAAUACACGGAUUUUAGUGCUUUUUGCUUCGAUUUGGAUAAUCGGGGUUCUGUAUUAUAUGUACAAGAUUAAUGACUCAGAGGAUAACACAAAUAGAGCACUGCGGCUCAAACCAGAGUCAGUUGUCAGUAAAAAGGAUGUGCCUCAUCAAAAUGACAAUGGGAGUGAUAAAUCACAGACACCUGAUGAAAAUGCGGGAAAAGUGUCAUGGCAAUAUUUUGACGAAAAAGCUUAUAUUGAUUCCAAACGGGUACUACCUGGAGAGGACGCUUAUAAAAAGAAUAAAUUCAAUCAGAUAGCUAGUGAUAAUAUAAAAAGUAAUAGAGAAGUACCAGAUACAAGACAUCCUAGGUGUCGGUCACAAGAAUGGCAAACCGGCCUUCCACCAACGUCGGUCAUCAUCACAUAUCAUAAUGAGGCUAGGUCGACGUUAUUAAGAACUAUAGUCAGUGUAUUAAAUAGAAGUCCAGAGAACCUUGUAAAAGAGAUUAUACUUGUAGAUGACUUCAGUGACGAUGGCACUGAUGGUCAAGAAUUAGCAAAAAUACAAAAAGUGAAAGUGAUAAGAAAUGAAAAAAGAGAAGGUUUAAUGCGUUCUCGGGUAAAGGGGGCAGAUGCAGCCGUGGCCCCAGUACUCACCUUUCUUGAUAGUCACUGUGAAUGCAAUACCCAUUGGUUGGAACCCCUCCUGGAGAGAAUCAAAGAGGAUCGUACACGCGUCGUCAGUCCAAUUAUUGAUGUGAUCAACAUGGAUAAUUUCCAAUACGUCGGAGCAUCGGGGGAUCUAAAAGGAGGGUUUGAUUGGAAUUUGGUUUUUAAAUGGGACUACAUGACCCCAGAUGAGAGGACCCAUAGGCGGAGUAAUCCAAUCUCACCGAUCAAAACUCCAAUGAUAGCGGGAGGUUUAUUUUCGGUUGAGAAAAAGCGUUUUGAAGAAAUAGGAAAAUAUGAUAUGAUGAUGGAUGUGUGGGGAGGAGAAAAUUUAGAAAUAUCAUUCCGAGUGUGGCAGUGUCAUGGCAGCUUAGAGAUAAUUCCAUGCAGUCGAGUGGGCCAUGUCUUCCGCAAGCAACAUCCGUAUACCUUCCCUGGGGGCAGUGGCACAGUAUUUGCUAGGAACACCCGGCGUGCGGCUGAAGUGUGGAUGGACGAUUACAAACAGUUCUAUUACAUGGCAGUGCCGUCAGCUCGCCAUGUCAAUUUCGGCAACAUCCGCCAACGCACAGAGAUCCGCGAACGGUUACAAUGCAAAUCAUUUAAAUGGUACCUUGAAAACGUGUAUCCAGAACUGAAGGUCCCCGACAAACAGGAUGUAGCUUUCGGUUCGAUAUCUCAGGCCAAUCUUUGCAUGGAUACGCUUGGACAUUUUGCGGAUGGUGUCGUGGGUCUGUUCACCUGCCACAAUGCUGGAGGAAAUCAGGAAUGGUCGUUGACAAAACGAGAGCAGAUAAAGCACCUUGAUCUGUGCUUAACGUUGGUAGAGCCAUCGCCGGGCAGUGCACUCAAACUCUUCCAGUGUAAUAAUGAUAACAGAAACCAGAAAUGGCAACGUUCUGGCACAUCAUUGAAGCAUGCAGACCACAAGCUGUGUAUAGACAGCAAAGAUGGCGGGAACCAGGCAUUAACUAUACAGGCCUGUGAUAGCCAACAAAUGUCACAGAUAUGGAAAUUCUCGUUAAAUUCCAGAUAAAAUUUAGUCUGGACUUCUAUUAAUGUUGGGACAUGUAAUUUGCAGGCCUUGAAAUCUAUUCUAAAAGGGAAGGCCAGUAAAGUGUUACCAAAAAUAGCCAAAAAUCAGGUUUUCCCAUGUGGUCAAAAGUUUGAUACUGUUGUUAAAGAGGCUGACAAUUGUGUUGUAUCUCCAUAGUGAUUACUUAAAAACUGUCUCCACUGUGAACCUUUAAUUGCUGGCAAAAUUUCCUUUGCAGUGUUUUUGAUACUGCCUGUAGACUUUCAUGUUAAUUGAUAUGGUUGAAAAAUCAUGAUGUGAAGACUUCCUUGGGUUUUUUUCUGGGUUUAAGAUACAACAUGAAAUUUACCUUUGGGAGAACUGAAUGCCAGUUCGAAAAGUUUUAUCAGAAGAUUUGUGACCCGCUCCAGCAAAACCAGUCGCAUGUCGCACAUAAGAUGAGCCUAGAUGACACCAGAAGAUAAUAGAUGAAAUUGAUGUUGUCAGAUUUCACAAACGGCAGACAAUAGUGAAAUGAACAAACAGUCCGUCUCAACCUGCCAAGCUCUGAGCGAUAUGCGACUGGUUUUGCUGGAACGGGUCACAUUUGGUUGUUGGUGCUGUAGUGUUUCUGGAAAUUCUGAGGAAAUCUUGCAUCAAAAUUGUAUCAAUAAUGCAACACACAGUUUUACCUAAGCUGAAGUGAGUUAAGUUACAGGGUGAUUUGUUCGGUGGUUUUCUUUUCAUUGAUAUCAUCUGGUUGCAAUGAAACUUUUUCACAUCGUGAAUUUUCAACAGUGGGUCUUUCCCUGCUCGGGUUUAACCAUAUGCAAUCACAUUUUAUACAACGGGAAUUAGUGCCAUGAAUGUGUGUAUUUAUUUUUCUAGGGCUUGAAGGAUGGUUGUCAAAUUUGACAUAUUGGAUUCAGUAUUUGGAUAUACAUGAAUGGCAUGUUCAUUUCAUCCCAAUGAACAGGCCUUGUCACUGCCGGCAAUUUUGGCCCGUCUUUGGUUUUCUCAGAGAAGGUCACAUAUGUCGUCUGUUGGGUUAAAAGGAGGGACUAUACUUAGAAAUUCUUAGAAUUUUUCUAGUCUUAUGAAGUUCUUAGAAUUUUUCUAGUCUUAUGUUGUUUCAUGUAGUUAUUGUACUAUACACUUUUAGCUUGCUUUACUUUUAGGUGUUACACAGAUUAGGACACCUGUUUUUAUCUAGUUAUAAAUAUUUGAUGAACAAUUGUUGUGAUUUCUGGGAAAAACUUAUGCAGCGGUCACUGUGAACUCUGUACCCCCCUGGGCAGAUACUAGGCAAUACACUGGGCAAUAACUUCAUGUGGGUGUUUCGGGGGAUUAGCGAAAAUUCGCUAUUGUUAUACCUUUCUUUCAGCAAUGCUGAAAUGGGGAUGGGGUGUGUGAGCAUGUGCAAAAAGCACAGCCUUGCAAUCGUAUAGUUUUCAUGAGCUGUCAGAACCUUCAUUAUACAUGUAGGUGUUUUGAAGUUAGGUUAUCAGAAAAUAAUCAAGUGUGUGUAUGUAACGGUAGGUGACUUCUUUGAUGAUGUAAAUUGUAAUAUGGACACAUGCUCUGCCCUUAUAAUCUCCCACUGCAACAACUCAUCUUUUUAAUGAUCUCGGAUAUAUUUUCCUUCCAUUGUAUUCAAAGGUGGUCAGUGAAGUCUGACAAGUAAAUUUUCCAUACAAUUGAGGGCCACGGAUACAGUGUACCCACACUUUUUAUACAAAUCUCAAUACCGUAUUUUCCGGAUUAUCCCCCGCACUGCCAUAUGACCCGCACCCCCUUUGACCAUUACCUAAAGCCACGCAAGACCCGCACCUGAUUAUGACCCGCACUGCUCCAAGACCCGCAUUCUCCAAAAAUAGUAAGCCAUUCAUUGAUGUUGAAAUCCUAGAACCGCCAUGUUUUUUUUAAUUGUUAACCAAAGUGGAUCAAUUCCAGCAUGGCCGUAACUUGUUUUCCCUAGCGGAGACAUCACAAACUAUGCGAUCAUGGCGGAAAUAUUGGUUGAAAACAAUGCGAAAACGAUGGACAUAAAUCCUUAUCAAGUAACCAGUUUGGUCCCCUUUUUUUUCUUUGGGGUUGGGGCUUAUCCCUCUCAGAAUCCACGCAAGACCCGCACCUUUGUAUCACCCGCACCCCCCCUUUUUGGGGCUUUUUGAGGGCAAAAAGCCGCGGGUCAUACACCGGAAAAUACGGUAUUAAAGGGUUAAUAUAGACCUUAUCAAUGAUGCAAUGGCAGAGUAACAUGCGUUCAGACACUCAUGCGUGGUCAUUGAUGACUUAUCUAAUCAACUGUAUCUUAUAUUGUAUACAAUCGGGUAGAAGCGUUUGUGUAAUUUGUACUUAAAAACCAAAUGAAUCGCCAAUUCAAGAAGGGCCAACUAAACUUCUUUUGGAAAUUGAGUUCAGAUAUGUGUUCUGUUCCUUUCCUAGUUGUGCAACUUAAUUAGCCUUAUUUAUAAUUUGUAAAUGUGUGAUUAUGAGAUCUAUGCAAUUUAUGUUUUUGUGCAGCCAUGUUUUGCCAAUAGGUGCCUGAAUCUUCUGCCAAAGUCUUCUCUAAUAAAGCAAAUUUCAUCUUGGUGUUAAUACAGGACAUCACCGAACAUUACAUAUUGCUAAUUCAAAGACAUGUUGGUUGGUAUAAAACUGCAGCAGAUGGCAUGCUACCCCAUUAAAUUAUUAGAAAAAACAAUGUUGUGCAUCUCGAUGUAACAUAUAGGAUUCUAAUGAACUUGUACAUUUCUUCCAAUUCAUGUUUUCCCCAAAUAUUGUGAAGACUAUCUUUUUUCUCCAGGUGGUGAUGGUUACUUUCUCUGCCCUUACAAUGUAUGAUUUUAAUACUAUUUCUGUUUUUCUAAAUCAUAAGUGCACUUGUAAAUACGUGUUAUCUUUUGCUUUGCUAUUACAAUACAAUAUCCGUGAGUUUUCCUGAUUACCCCAAGGAAAAAUCCUAGCCUGUGUUUGUAAAUAAAAACGUGCGGCUAAACUUAUGAAAGUGUUUUAGAACAAACAACUAAACAUGAUAAUCAGGCUACAUGUAAUUCAAGAAUCACAGAUCUAGUAUGUUGGCCCUGAAAAUCAGAGGCCCUAAAAAUGAAACACAGUCACUGGACAGGUUGAAAUGCAGUUGACUCGGUACUGUUUAAGCUAAAGAAUGAGGACCACUCAAGCUUAACACAGUUUCCUUUAGGCCUCACGCUGUCUUGGCCAAAACUCUUUCAAAAACUUUCACCACAAUUUCCUCCCUUCGUAAAUGUAAAAAUUUUCCUUAUGUACAAACAACUUUGAUUUCUUUCAUAUUUGAUAUUGUAAAAACCUUAAUCAUUUCAUCAGAAUCCAAUUUUUAUAGAACUAUUCAUCAAUAAAUCGUAUUGAUAAAAA